AUGGCUAACAACGAUGAGCCAAAUUUAGAGCGAGUGAUAGGAAGGAUGUUAUCAAAGCCAUACUGCGGCAGAGUCUUUUUCACUCAUUUGUCCAAGAUGUCUCCUGAAGAUUUUUCUGACGACCCUUCUUAUUUCCCAAUCGUGAAACUUUGGUUCAGAGGGAAAAGUGAUUAUUUUGCUACAUUUACCACUGACGAACAAAACAAUAGAAUUGUGGUGAUUAGAGUUCGAUUCAAGAAAGCCAAGCUUUGUUGGCGUUAUCAGCUGAAGAAUAAAACUUUGGUUAAUAAUUUGAAAAUCCAGCUACUAAAUGACAGCAAUUAUAAUGCAAAUAUCAAAUUGGAUGAUGAGGUUGCUGAUGAAUAUUGCAAAGAUAAAAAUUGCAAACAUCUUCAUUUAUGCAAAGGAUUCCUUGAUGAAAGUUGUUCUGGUGAUAAAUGUGAAUUAAAUCAUUCAAUUUUUGAUGAUGAACAGUGUAUGGAUGUUUUAGAAAAUUUUAACUUGAAUGUUGAUACUAUAAAAAAACAUUCAGAUCUUGUACUUGAAGUAAUAAAAGUUUCUCAAUUACAUAUUUGUCAUUAUUAUAAUCGAUUGGGAUCAUGCAACAAUGAAGAUUCAUGUGACAGACUGCACAUCUGCCCAAAGUUUGUGACUGGUAACUGUGCUAGAAAUGAAUCAACAGAGAAAUGUUGUAACUUAUCUCAUAAAUUAACAUCAACUCAUUCACUGAGACUGUACAACACAUUUGAUAUUUGGUACAAUCCGGAUAAUGUAAUAAGUGUUCUACUGCAGAUACUAUUAGAAUGUGAAAGCAGUAAGAGGGCACCUCUAGUUUCUAAACAAACUAGAAUAUAUCUCCCUCGUUUGAAAGGUUUGGAGAUCGUUAAGCAGUUUAUUAAAAAACUUGAAUCACCCAAUUCAUCUCCACAAGAAAAUCUGGAAAUUUCUGGAUUGGCAGCACAAGCAGCAAGUUGCAAGUCAACCGUCAUUAACCAGAAGAUUUUACCAGUAGAAUGGCAGUUCAAGAUGGCUGACUGCUGGGAGAAUUUUGAUGAAGAUCUUAACCAUAAAAUUGAAGUUGCUUAUUCUGAUCCUAACAAUGAAGAAUUAAGGAUAAAGGUUGAAAACCAGCUUAUCUUUUUUUAA